AUGUCAAUCAAAGUGACGCAACAUAUGUCCAAAAGUGGUAAUCAAGAUACAAAGAAGAGUAAAGUGGACUUAUUGGACGCAAAUGGGAUGCCAAUUGAGGAAGAAGUAGUGAUACAAUCGGAAUUGGCCUUGAAGACUAGGUUUGAGUCCUUUGUGACGGUAAUAGAUGAAGAAGAACAGUGGCUUUGGAAAAGAAGCUUUGGAGCACUCAUUGUCCUGGAAUGGGCUAUGUUGUUAAUGAUGCUGCACAUGUUAUUUGAGAGUAGUGGAGCUUGGGAGAAGAAUAUGCAGACUAAUACGAUGUUUGGCUGUUUAGCUUUAGCAGUGGGAAUACUUGGAGCUGUUUAUAUUCUCUUACAGAUGAUUAGAGGGUUUAAGGCCCUAUCGUAUCGGCGGCGACUAAUGAGGGAGAAGGGUUAUGGUUGGAAGGGAGUAAUAGGAUAUUAUGCUCGGUACUGGGCUUGGGGCUUAUUGGGCGGAUUGCUUGGAUUUGGGUUGCUUAAUGGGUUUCAGUUGAUUGGUGGUGCAGGAGGACUAGUGCCUUAUGUAUGUGCUAUGGCAGUGUAUUUAAUGGGAUUGGUAGGACUUAUUUGGCGAUUGCUGGUUACGGCAGGGAAAGAUAAAUGCAUAGCUGAAAGGCGGGGAUACCAAGCUGCGAUAGCUAAACAUUUGGUAGAGUUAGUGCUAGUUGGCCUGAUUAUUAGUGUAUGUGCUAUGGCGAUAGCUACUCCGGAAUUGCGUGCUGACUUGAAGCUGACUCUAUAA